AUGCAGCCACGCCAAGGCAGCACUAGCAGGUCACAACUACCUACCCAAAUCACCAUCACGCAGGCUAACGGUCAGAGCCCUGCGCACGACAUGCAAGACCAAUCUGAUUCGACGUUCUCCGCCCAGCCCUCGCCUGCGCCUCUCACGCCCCGUGCCUCCACCUUCAAGCUCCCUGAUGUCGCAUUCUCUUCAGGCGCUGACGGCAGGACACCUUCGGCCACGUUUUCGGCCUCCAUGGACCCUGAACGUACAUUAGCGAGCGGAUCAUAUACUGCACCAACCUCUCCGACAGUCUCUAGCUCCAUGGUGCGUACCAACACCAUCGGGGCAACCGCAAUCGCAGCUCGCUUGGAUUCAUCAAGCCUAGAUCGAGCGCCGAGCGCACACGCCGCCCUGAACAGCAACACCAAUGGGCUUGGCAUCUCGGCAGCAGAUACAGAAGCUGCAGCCGGUAGCUUCAGUAGUGGUGCCAACGCUUUGGCGACAAAUUUAAACGGCAACACCAAUGCUGGCGCUUCCACAUCGGGCGGCACCAAGGAAACGUGGAAGCGACGCAAGCAGGUUCUCCUUGCUGAAGCCAAAGACCACACCGUCGCUGACCUACAGCUGCACGGUCUGCGCCCACCUCCUUACAGCUAUCACCCGUACUACCAAAAUUCCUCCAUUCUCGGCCAAACGGUAGGCCAACUCACAGCGCAUACUGCGAGUACUUCGCGCGAUACGAACCCCAAUCAAGCCACAUAUGCUUCUUCUCGCACCGCCAUCUUACGACCCGACGAUCCACACAUUCGCAAUGAUAUCAUACGCAUGAUUGAUCAGUGGCUUGCCGACGAAGGCUUCGGCGCUACACGACAGCUGCUCAUGGAAGAGGCGGGCAUCAAGCGGCGUGAGCGAGAGGAAGCAGGCCUCGACGCACGCAAGCUCCGCGGCCACAUUCUCGAAGGCGACUGGCCCGAGGUCGAUAAGCUUCUGCAGAAACCGCUGGUCAAGAACCACAAGGCCUUUCUCUACGCAGUGUACAAGCAGCAGUUCUUGGAACACAUUGAGCAUCGAGAGUUUCAAAAGGGGUUCACCUUCUUGAACAAGAGAUUGAAGCCUUUGGAACACUAUCAGCCACAUCCGUCCGAGUACAGAGAUCUCUGCUAUCUCUUGUCUGCAAAAGCGGUGACCGAUGCACCUUCCUUUGCGUCGUGGGAGGGUAUCCAGCCGGGGAGAGAAAAGUUGGUGAUGGAGUUCGCCGCGAUGCUGGAACAGGACUGGAUGGAGAAGGAGGCUGGACUUCCAGGGUCUGCUUCGACUAACACCACUAGCGGAAGGAGCGAAAGUAGAGAGCCAUCGGAACUGAUGGACGAUGGCUUCAUGACUGAUAACAUUGCCUCUGGAAGCGCCUCGAAGAGCGCAACCGCCAACGGCUACACCUACGUGCCACCUCAUAGGCUGCUCACGAUGCUGCACCAAGCCGUCGCCUACCAAGUCGAGUUUGCACGCUACCACCCCAAGAAGGCACCCGUCAUCUCUGGCCUUCUGCACGAUUACACUGGCUUUAUCGUCCCCAAUUCCGUCGCACACACGAUGCGAGGUCAUCGCAAAAACGUCAAGAGCGUCCGUUUCGUCGGCGAAGAGGGCCGGAAACUCGUCAGCGGUAGCAGCGAUAAUACGGUUCGUUUGUGGAACUCCAAUACGGGUCAAUGCGAGAUGGUUCUCGAAGGGCAUCGUAGUCGAGUAUGGGAUGUUGACUCUACACGUACCGGUGGACAUGUGGCUUCUGCAUCGGGUGACUCUACAGUCAAAGUGUGGGAGGUGGAAAGCGCUCAGUGCAAGGCUACACUGAGAGCAGGCGUGGGGGACGUCUACAGCUGUCGUUUCCAUCCUGACGAGAAACACAUUGUUUCGGCCGGAUACGACAAGCUGGUCAGGAUGUACGAUGUCGAAACGGGGUCGAUUGUGAAGACCUUCACGGGCCAUCAGCUGGGCGUUUCAAGUGCAAUCUUCAACCCGCUCGGUAACCUCAUCGUCACAGCGUCCAAAGACACGACCAUCCGCUUCUGGGAUGUUGUUUCUGGGCUGUGCAUACGCACCGUCACUGGUCACCUGGGUGAGGUCACCUCGGUCGAGAUCAACGAGACAGGCACACUGCUGCUCAGUUCUUCCAAGGACAACUCCAACAGGCUCUGGGACCUACGCAUGCUUCGGCCAUUGAAGCGAUUCAAGGGCCACCAGAAUACGAGCAAGAACUUCAUUCGUUCCAGCUUCGCCCACACCUCUCUGCUUGUUGGCGGCUCCGAAGACGGGCUGAUCUACAUGUGGGAUCAAGAGUCGUCCGAAGUGCUGCAGACGCUGGAAGGUCACGGAAGGGAUACUUUGCAUCCCAUGAACAAACUUGCCGGGACAAACGGGACAAAUAAAACGUCAGUCGUGUCCGACUUGACUUCAUCGCUAUCGACAAACAACAAUGUGGCAUACGGAGCGGUGUGGAAUAAGGCCCAGAGCUUGCUUGCGUCGUGCGGUGACGAUGGGACGGUCAAGACGUGGAUGUGGGAUGAGGGGAGGGACUCGGAGGCUAACGCGGAUCUGGCUAGGAGAGCGAGCGACGAAUGA